AUGGCCGCUCACGAUUGGGACAAGUUCAAGAAGUUCUUUGAGAAUCGCAACGUGGCAAAAUGCGCGCCUCAUCUUAUCCGCUACAUCAAACCAGAUUCGAAGAUCAUUGAUGUUGGCUGCGGUGUAGGUACCAUAACCCUAGAUUUUGCUAGGAGGGUGCCUCAAGGUUCUGUCAUUGGCAUUGAUCACAGCGAACAGUCCAUCGCCACCGCACGAGCUCAAGUCGAAAGGGAAGGGGUGAGCAAUGUCGAGUUCGUGGUUGGCGAUGUAGAGGAUCUCCAGUACCCGGAUGAUACCUUCGACAUUGCUCAUGCUCAUCAAGUCAUGAUCCAUCUGGUUCACCCGGUCCAGUCACUGCGCCAUGUGCACCGAAUCAUCAAACCAGGCGGCGUGGUCGGGAUACGAGACCUGGCUCAUCUCCACCACGUCGGAGCAACAGCCUUGAUGAACGAGAAUCUGGAAAAGUUCUGGCAGGACUCCAGAGCCCGCGGUGCGAGAGGCGAGGGUGCUGGUAAAGUCAACCAUAUCUGGAUGCACGAAGCGGGUUUCGAAUGGGGGCAGAUUGAAGCUGGGUGUGCUGGAUUUGACAACGAGAGAGAGGAGCUGCCCGCAAUGUCGGAGGGCGCAAUCGGUUUCGCGAAGGCGAGGAACGAGAACAAUGAGUAUAUGGAGAGGUUGCGAAAGGACGUGGACGAUUGGGUCGCCAGUCCUCAAUCCAGAAGUAUGGUAUUGGAUGGCAGGGUUGUUGGCAAAAAGUAA